UGAUCAUCACUUGUCACCAAGCGAAAGCUUAUGAUAGGUAUGAAUGCUAACAUUAUGAGUAAGUUGAAGCCUUACAUUCUAGUGGUGUGCUUACAAUUUGGAAUGGCUGGCAUAUAUGUGAUAUCCAUGGCUACUCUUAACCGCGGUAUGAGUCGCUAUGUUUUGAUCGUCUACCGAAACGCUGUCGCCGCUCUCUUCCUCGCUCCCUUUGCACUGAUCUUCGAAAGGAAAACAAGGCCAAAGAUGACACUCCCGGUUGCUAUGCAAAUCAUGGUCUUGGGAUUUCUCGAACCGGUUCUCGAUCAGGGGUUCGGUUAUUUGGGGAUGUCGUAUACGUCAGCGUCGUUUACGUCGGCUAUCAUGAACGCUGUGCCGUCUAUUACCUUCAUCAUUGCAGUGGUUUUUCGAAUGGAGCGAGUCAAUUUGAAACGAGUGCGAGGGGUUGCUAAGGUCAUUGGAACUUUGGUGACCUUCGCCGGAGCUUUGGUUAUGACGCUUUACAAAGGCCCAAUAGUGGAUUUCUUUUGGACUCGGAAAACCAACCACCUUGUUCAUAGCGCCUCCGCCGCUUCCGCCGCCGCCAAUCAGCACUGGGUGGCAGGAACUCUGUUCAUCCUCCUGGCUUGCGUGGCUUGGUCUUGUUUCUAUGUAUUACAAUCUGUGACAGUGAAGAGAUACCCAGCGGAGCUAUCACUUUCGACAUUGAUAUGCAUGGCUGGUGUGGUUCAAACCACAGUGAUAGCAGUGGCCUUUGAGCAUCGUGCUAGCUCAUGGGCGGUGGGCUGGGACUCCAGGCUUCUGGCUCCUCUCUAUACGGGAAUAGUUGGCUCAGGAAUUACAUAUUACUUCCAAGCUCUUGUAAUGAAGACUAGAGGCCCUGUGUUUGUGACGGCUUUCAACCCUUUGUGUAUGGUUGUUGUCACUAUCAUCUCCUCCAUUAUUCUCGCCGAGAAGAUCCAUCUUGGAAGCGUUAUUGGAGCCAUUAUCAUAGCAAUUGGGCUUUAUUCAGUUGUUUGGGGCAAAAGCAAGGAUUAUUCCACCGCCGCUGGCCACCUUGAAAAGUCUAACGCCGCCGUGCCGGAGCUCCCAAUUACGGCCUCUAAACUCCCCGCCGAACAAGAUGCUAAUGAACUUCAUUAACAUGUACUCAAGUCAUUCCCUUCUAAUUGUCUUUGUUUCAAACCCUUUUUUUCAAGUUUGAAAUUUUGAUCUCUUAAUCGAAGAUAAGGGUUUAAUCAGUUGAGUUGC